UUUUUGUUUCCUUCUCAAUUUUAUUCACAUCAACUUUAUGUUGAGGCGGAUUUGGCCUUUAAUUUCUGACCAGAGUGCGCCUUUAAUAUUUCCCUGAUUUUACAGAUGGUUAUUUUCUGGUGAAUUUGCAAGUAUUAGUUUGUUCUUCAUUAUUUUUAGCAUCACGAUGAAUCCCUGACCCAGAUUAUUUCUACUACACUAUGAUAGUUGAUUUUUUUAAGACAAUGAUUGUGUACCCUGGGUAGAAUAAUAGGAAUUGAUUUUGGAGGUCAUACUCGUCUCAUAUCAGGUAAUAGAAAGCUUCAUAGUCUCUAAAGUGUUUUUAUUUAUAGUAAUAACCUUUUAUCAGGCCAAUUAUUGACAAUAUUGUUUGGAUGAAGACCCUUAAAAGAUUAUGUGAAGUUUAAUGAAAGAAAAUAGUAUAUUGUGUGUGGUGUCCUUUCAUGAAGUUGGAAGUUGGUCUGUAAUUUGUUGAUGUAGAAAACAAAACAACAUUGGCUGUUGGUAAGACUAGCGAUUCUAUUCAGACUGCAGCAGUCUAUUGUAGUGCUGCAGCAGUUUGCAGCCAUUUAUGUAUGCUUCAAUAGAGAAACACUAUAGCAGACUUUGGCUCUAUGCUGUGUUACCAGUCUAGGCAUAGGGUAUUUACUGACAGGAGGCCCAUCAAAGGGGGGAACGAGAGCGCAUCGCAGUGCUAGAACCUGAACCGGUUGGGUCAUGUCCAUAAUAUACAUGUAGCUCGGCUGACUAGCAGUGCGUUGCCAGAGCUAUGAACAACAUUGUGUAGGCUGUGGCUUCAUUCACUCAGUAGUAAUCGCACCGGGGAAGGUCUAUUUAUGUCAAGGCCCAAGGCUAUACAUGUACAAACAUGGCCUAUCACUAGCUACAUGUAUUGUGAUGAUGCCCCAAGAGUUCAGUACUCUGCUUGUGGAAAAUAAAGAGACAAAAAUAUUCAGAGAAUAUACAUGUAGUACAUUGUGGAUUGGAGAAAUGUCGGUCGGUAUGCCCUAGUUCUACCAGAACCUCUGCAUAACUAAUGAACGUCUGCUGCCAUGCAAGUCUGAACGAUGAGAGAAGCCAUGCAGCCAGACUUAGGGAUAUAACGAGCUUAUUUCUGAAGCGCGUUCCAGCUGAGAAGUACAAAGGGCAGAGUGAUGAUGAGAUACUUCUUCAUGUGUUUAAGGAUGCUGUUUCAUUCACAUUCAAAGAUAACAGCCAGAGCAGAGUACUUGAAUCAUCUUCAAGCCAAAGUCACGAGAGUACGCCAAAUUUGAACGGGUGUCCAACCCCGCAGCAGGUGCAGGAUUCAGAGCCCACCAGUCAAGCGACUCCUAACAUAUUCAGUCUAAUACAGGGAAGUCCUUCAAAGGUUACAAACAAGCAAGAGUGUAUUCAGGAUCAAGUAGUUGGCCAGACCAAAAGUCAGGUCAAGACAGAAUCCGUGUUCAACUCUGAGGAAGCGCAGCACAGCGUAUCCGGAAAUACCACUAAUCAAGACCAGGUCAAGGUUGAUAGUAAGAGGUCAUCUUCAUUCCCAGUCAAAGGGAUUGGACAAGCCUCUCAGAACGCAGUCUCACACACACAUCGAGAUACCAUCAAUGAGACUGCCUGUGCACAACAAAAAGCCAAAGAUAUUGAUCAAGCCAAAGUAAGAGGAGAAAGGAAGGAAAAUCACGAGCAGUAUCACCGUCAGGAGUGUGGGGGCUCGCAGGUAGAGUCCACCAAUCACCUUUCUGAAAGCGUCUUUAAUCAUAAUUCAUCAGCAAUAAAUAUGAGUCAGUGGAGUGAAAGCCAGAAGGGCGCCUGGCCCAAUGGACCAGUCACCUCAAGCGGUUGGACUCCAAUGGAUCCAAGCCAUGGCCAAUCUGCUAUGAGCCAAGACAAUGGAAAAGGCAACAGUCAAUCUGGAAGUGGCGUAAUGAGCUCCAUCUGGGGGUCUAGCAGCAGCAGUGGAUCCACCCCUACAUCCAGCGGCUGGGGUGGUAUCCCAUCUAGCACUUCCUCCUCCUCGCCGUUCCAUCCCGGUCUCUUUCAGAACUCCACCAGCAACGGGCACAGUGGUGGUUCCUCAGUGUGGGGCACCCCUACAACCCCGCAGCCAGGCGGUAAGGGGUCCCUACCCUUCGGGGGCACCAACCCCAUUUCAGCACCGUCUACUACCUCAGCAAGCAACCCAUCUACGUCUCAGAGCUCAGGCUGGGACACCAGUGCCAAUCAGAACGGGAUGGAGCCCCAGCCGGCCUCCACUCCCACUAGUGCAGAGAGUAACCCGCCCGUGCCCACUUCACAGAGCAGUGGGAGUGCCCCGAGUAAUGGGAACGGAAACAGCGGCAAUGCAAAUGAAGGAGGGUCUGCUAGCAAUGGACAAGAGCCACAGCAACAAAUUCCAACUUCAUCCACUGUCACCAGCAAUGCCCAAGGUUCUUCUUGGGGAUCCAGUAAUCCACCUGGUCCAUCAACGCUUACAGGGACAUCUGCUUGGGGUGCUCCUCAACAGUCCUCGGGUGGAUGGGGUGCAGACCCUUCAGGACAAUCAGGUGGUCAAGAAAACAAGCAAUGGGGUGGUGGAAACAGCAUGCCAGCCACCAGCACCAGAGGAUGGGGUGGUAACAACCCAAUGCAAAAUCCAAAUGAAGUUACUGGCACUGGAGGAUGGGGUAAACCUCCUCCUUCUGAAGCGACAAGUGGAUGGGGAGGUAGACCUUCAACUACUCCAACUAGUGGACCCCCUCCAGGACCACCUUCAGGAUGGAACAAAGAGGGAAACAAAGAACAACCGGCUACUCCUGGAUGGAACAAUCCUCAAUCAGGAUGGGGCAACCAGCCUAAUCAACCUCCUGGACCUGGAGGAAUGAAAAAAGACCAACCAGAUGGUGGACAGUCUGGUUGGGGCAAGCCACCAGGAAAUGGCUCUUGGGCUCAGACAGCCAGCAAGGGAGCCCCUGAUCACAGGGGAAUGAAUCCUGGAGAAACAACUCCUGUAGAUCAGGCUUCGAUUGCAGCACUGGUGAAGACACCGUGGGGAAAGAGACCAGUCAACCAGGAAAUGAAAUGGGACAGUAAGGCCCCUCAACAACCUAGUUCAAACCAGUCUGGGACAUCAGGCUGGGGCUCUCAACCUGCAUCAGACCGACAGUGGGAGAAGGCUGAACAGCCAAAACAGUCUGCUUGGGGUAAACCAAACCCUCCACAAACUCCAACAGAAUCAUCUUGGGGAAAUCAGCCACCUUCCUCAGCACCACCCACAAGCUCUCAGACUUCUGGCUGGGGACCACCAAAAGAGAGAAAUGAUAACCAGGAUCCAGGUUGGGGUCAACCACCUACAACAAGUGCAUCAUCUGGAAUGCCUGGAGGACCAGGCCCACUUGGACCACCUGGGAGCCAAGCUAUAGGACCUCCAGGUAGCCAAGCCAUGGGACCUCCUGGUCAGCCUGGAUCUCAUGGACCACCUUCUACUCCUGGUUUUAGCACAGAUAGAUCGAGUCCUCCACAGAAAGAUGCCAUGGAGACAGGAAGCAAUGCAUCAAGCAAUACUCCACAGCCACCAGCUGAAGACCCAUCUCAGAUGCUCCCUGGACCACCCCCUAAGAAGAUAGUGGCAACUGGUUGGGGAGAUGUUAGUAUGGUCACUCGCCCAGGCAUGCAAGCCGUUGACAAUGGAACCAGUCAUUGGGGUGACCCCAGCGACCACAACAGGCGCCUCACCCGCCGACAAGCUGGUGGGCACAUGCCGCAGAUGGGUGGCAACCCCCAGAACAGUACUAUGCAAGGGCCACCCCCUUCGGGCCCACAAGGUGAUACCGCUAUGCCUCCCUCGUCCAUGAUGCCAAAUGCUCCGCCAUCGCAGUUUAAAGCUGACAACCAGUGGGACGACAAGAGUAAACCAAGUGGCUGGGGAGACUUCCCUAACCAACGAUCCAAUAAUAACAACAGCAGUGGAAGCAUGUGGAACCAACCAGGUGGUAGCAAAUGGGAUCAGUCUUCCACAUCUUCAUGGGGCCCGUCCAGCAGUACUACUGGCAGUACUCAGAGUAAGGAUUCUAUGCAACAAAACUGGCAUGAUGAUAAUAGUACUGGCUCCAUUGGUCAUUGGGGAGAUGAAGAAUGGGAGAAUCGUUCCCAGAGCAGCGAAUCGUCUAUGUCAGGAUGGAGAGGUGGACCUAAGAAGCCCAGGCCCCCAGGACAGCGUGAAUCCAACCAUUACAUCAGCAAGCUCAAACGAUUGAUGGACUAUGGAUACCCCAAAGAAGUGGCUGAGGUUGCCCUGCGCAAACACAACUUUCAUUUUGAAACGGCUUUGACUGAGCUUCGCCAGAUUUCAGACAUGAUGGAUCAAAACAAGAUGCCAUCUGGGGAUGUAGAUGAUCCAGUACGACAGAUGUCCCGAACCAUGAGCAACAUGGGUAUCGGUGACAAUCCACUGACCUCUGGCAGUGACUUGACCAAUGCAAACAUGCUGCUCAACAACAGCCUGCCUGGAACUCUUCCCCUUGGAGGAAAGCCAAGCAACAUGAUGGGCACACCAGGAUUCAUGCCAACUGGUAGCGUUGGCCAAAGGUUCAGCGGUCAACAACAGGUAAUGGGUCAGCAGCCUGGCAGUCUCAACCAACCCCCAAGAGGACCUUUCAACCAGCAACAGCAAAUGAUGCAACAACAGCAACACCAACAGCUGUUCCAAGUCCUGCUCCAGCUUGCUGUACAGAGUGGCAUUGUCAACCAGAGCCUUCUGCAGCAGCAGGUGACUCCAACACAGAUCAUGAGCAUUGUUCAACGCUAUCCUCAGCUUUUGGCCCAAGCCCAAGCUCAACAGGGUAACCUUGCUCAAGUUGGUGGGGGAAACAGUGUGGGCAAAGGCAUGGGCUCUUCUGCACCCAACCGUUCUCAGCAGGAGUUGAUGGCACGCUUUGUUCAGCAGCAGCUGCUUCAAGGUCAGCGACCUCCAGUGUCUCGUCAACCGUUCCCACAACGCCCCAAAAUGCGAAGUGAUUCUGAGAUGUACUCCAACACCAACACUUCAUCAGACCUGCUAGGAAACAUCAGCAACAUGAAUCCUGAUAUUGGUAUGCGUGAGCCACUACAGCAGUCUCGCCUUCAGCAUUUGUUUGGCAAGCCUGGAGCGAAGAAUUUCCCCCGAACGAACCGGUCAGAGUCGGUCACUGGUCUCCCUGACAACAAUCGCAGAGGUUCUAACUGGUCUCGCAGCAACUCACCAACCCCAUCCGACAGUAUUCCUAACAGCGCUGAUUCUGCCUUCUCUGAUGGCUGGAACUUCCCCCAGCCGGAAAACCUUAGCUCCAUCACUGAUGAUGUUCCAGAGUUCAUCCCAGGUGUACCAUGGAAUCCUCAGCCUAGCCUUGAUGUCUCCAAUGACCCAUCAGCCACUCCAGGAAUGUAUGCCCCUACUAAGUCUUCUGGACGUGACAAGGAUGACAUUUCUGGUAUCCUGACCCGUCCCAUGAAACCCCAGGCAUCAUGGUCAUCCAAUCAGCCAGGAGGAGGACGCAAGACAAGUUGGAAUUAUGAGGGCGGAAGCGGACAAGGCUUCUCAGGAACUGGUGGAAAUGCAGGUUCUCGCUCGAACCAGCUGUGGAACAGUGCUCCAGGAAACCAGCAACGUGCCACCAGACCACCUCCAGGACUGGGUGAGCAUCCUCACAGUAAUUCCUGGAGAGGAAGUUGGGAUGCUCCCUCUGGUAAGAACCCACUAAUGCAGGGGCAUGCAGUAAUGCACAGAUCAUCCUGGUCUUCUGGAAAUGGAAUUUCUGGUGCAAACUCCAUUCUCAUCUCCGGCGUCACAUCUGAUAUGAAUGUGUCUGCCCUGAGGAACAUCUGUGGUCAGCAAGGUCAGGUGGACCAGUUCCAGGAGAACCGUGCCCAAGGUUCAGUCAUGGUCACCUACCGAUUCCCCGAUGAUGCCACCAAGGCCCUCAACACCAUAACUACCACCUUCCCCAAUGUGAUCGCAGAGCUUGUCUCCCCCAGCGAUGCAUUCUCCACCCCUGCCUCCUCUUCCUCCGGCUGGCCCCAGGGAGGAGGCAGCAGCGGCAGUAAAUUUGGCAAUGGUGUUCUCCCCAGCACCUCCAGUGCCUCCAGCGCCGGAAAGGAUGACGUGUCGGGCAGCAGCAAGCAGAGCUGGAGCGCUGGACUCCCUGGCAUGCCAGGAAGCCAGCUGUGGUCUCCAGGUCCCGGUGGAUCCAUGGGUUGGAGCCCAAUGGACGGAGAUUCCUCCAGUGCACCCAACUUCAGCUUCUUGCCUGGAGACCUCCUCGGAGAAAGCACCAACUAAGAUGAAGUGAUACUGAAUCAUUCUCAUCGCCAAUACCCUCUAUGGUGCUAUAAAAAAAACUAAAAAUCAAAUUGCCACUCAAUACCACUUGAUUAUUAUAUUAUGUAUAUCUUUGUGAAUAUAUCUCAAGCACUUGACAAUUCAGCCAUGAUGUGAUUGUUUAUUAAUAUUAAUCUAUGUUUCAUCUUACAUAUGAAGGCAUGUGUAUUGUCAUCACCAUCCAUCCGUUGCAUGCAUAAGUAACUUAUGCAAUUUUAUCUUAAUGUACUUUGUAAGUAAAUUGUGCUCGGGACACUACUGUAGUCAGUGAAAUACCUUGUUUUUCAUAUGAAUAACUUUGUACUUGUGUCAAUAGACAGUUCUCUUGUUGUGGUUGAUUGAAUAUCAACCAGGCUAACUAUUCAUCUAUGUCCUUUGGAUUUUUUUUUCUCCUUUUUCGAAACAACUGCUAACAAGACUUCCAGAAUGACAAAUGUGUGCAUUCGGUGGUGGGGUUUUGGAUCAAAACUUUAUACUGAUUCAACAGCAACUUUAAGCUGCCAAAGAAAGUAAAGUAAGAUUUGACAAUAAUAAUGUAUAUAUUAUAUUUUUCCCUGUUGAUGAACAGAUUUUUGUGAAGAGUGUUUUUUUUUUCGCUGUGCGAAACUUAGCCAAGCUUGUGGCUGUCACUUUGUUAGACACCCCCAACAUCUGAACUACCUGGAAGCCAUAAUCGCAGCUCAUUGACGGAUUGAUCUUGCGUACGACAGUACAUGUGCAAUGAAAUAAAUGUGAUUUGUUUAAAAGAUGUUUGGAGACUUUUUCUCUUCGUUUACGGAGCCAGCUGUGUGGAAUCCCAGAACACUAUGGAAUAACAAUGGAUUGUUAUGGAACAGAACAAAGGACAAUUCACAGGAUGGACAAUGUUGAGUCAAGUAUGUACAGGGCAUGUACAUUCACGAUAAACAAUUGCUACGCAUUAUAAGCUCUGUGUGCUCCAGUGCGAUAAAAGCCAAACUAGCUGAAACGAAACUGACAGAUUGAGGAAGAAAAGAUGGUGCCCUGAAAAAUACAAUUUUGUUUGUUUUAGCGAGAGAUACAAGCAGAGGAUCCUGGGUUCUGUAUUGAAAGACAAACGGCUGUGCUGAAUGGUGAAUGCUGAAGCCUUCUAAGGAGAAAAAGUACUCCAUCUUGUCAUUACAACAUGUGAUGCAAGAUGAAAAGCAUGAAAAAAGGAAGUGAAACAUUUUCUUGUGACUUUUCAUAAGGACGGAUGGUGCAAACUACACUGUAUUCCAAAGCAUUUUUCUUUUAAUGUAUAUUCUGUGUAUCGAUGACUGAUGCAAAUUUGUGUCGUUUGAUGAAGUAAUAAGUAGAGCAGCGUAUGUCGGCGUGUCACAGAGAAAAAUAGAACUUGGCUCAUCCAAGAUAUGUCAAGGUCGCAAAGUCUUCACUACCAAUGCGAUUCUUAAGUGCAAUUUUAAUUUGGUUUUCCUUGUGCAUAACAAUGGGGCUUUGUGGCAUAGUUACGCCGAGCCAUGCUGGCGUGUGGAUGGCAUUAAUAGAUAAAAAUGAGAAUAAAUCAACCGACAAGUUCAGUCUGCUUCAAAUUCCAGGAGUGCUCCGCCCUUGACGCGAGACCAGAGAUGUUGCCGAUCUGAGUGUUUUGUACAAGUUGGAGAGCAUUACGGAGUACAUUUAACGUGUAAUAGAGUUGUGGCUGAACCGUUAACUGAAAUUGAUCUUCACCAGCUGUCAAUUUAAUGGGAAAAAAAAACUGAGUCGUCUUUCACUCGGAUUAACAGUGUAAAGCAACGUUUUGUCUAUUUUGAAUACUGCACUUUAUUUUCUGGUCGUAAGUGGCAUUUUCUGCAUGAUUAAGUCAGAAUAGUGAACAUAUAGGAUUAUUUACACAAGUAUUUUAUGUCUUUAGAGGAAAGCAUUAAAGAGACUUUGUUUGGUGGAUAAGUAAUAAGAUAACCAUGGUACUCAUUCAUUAUUGCAUUAUUAUUCUGUAGCUUAAUAACUGUUGUCAUCCGUUUACUCUCAUUGUGUAUCAUUAGCAUUUUAUAAUGUCCAAUUGCAAAGCUGCAAAUAUUUGGGAACAGUAUUUGACAGUGCCUACUAAUUCAGUCAAUCCAUUCUGUGAAAUUCAAGAGGUAUAAUGUUCAAAACAAAAUGUUUAACAAAGUACAAAAAUGUGGAAGUUUUAGAACACUUUUAUGCAAGUAGGGUAUGUGAGUUUCUUUUGUUAAAUCAACCCUUAUUUUGACUAUUGAUGUGUAAUUGUCAUAACAUUGCAUUGCAUUGUAAGGUGAUCAAAUCUUAAUUCAUUGUUUAUACACUACUUUUAUGAAAAUUUUGCAUAGGAGAUCAUUCUGAUACGUACAUGUAUAAAUAUGUUUUUGGCUAUAAAUAUAGAAAUAUAUAUAUUUCGUGUUAUAUAUGUAUGUUGAUCACUUAUCAUAAAUACAAAAAUUCUUUGUGUUGUCAGCACUGAUAUAUUUGUACCUUCAAAAUGCUUUUUUUUAUUUAACUAAUUUGCAAAACUAGUAGGAGAAUGAUUGAAGGUGGUGAAGAAAAAACAAAGAAAUAACUUCUGAAAUGUUGAAGAAUAGCUUUUAUUGUUGGGAGGGAUUGUAUUCAUUUUUUUUUUCAGUGUUUGUCUUUUAGUUAAGUUACCCCUUUAUCAGGGAAAGACACUUAUUCCAAACCAAGUGCAGCUGAGGUUUAUGUCUAGACUUUAUCUCUUUGUUUUCUUCUUUUUCCGGAAAAAAAAAUGAAGAUUCCCUUGUGCUGGCUUUAUUUUUCUCCUCUUUAUGUUCCUACAUGUGACUUGAUGAACGAAAUAACCCAUAGUCUUGGUUUCCUCCACAAACGAAAUGGAAUGUUUUUCAAUCACUCUUGUUACGUUGAGAUAUCAUGACAUUGUAUUGUAUGACAUACUAGUACUCUGCAGGCACUCAAUGAUAUUAAGAGGAUCAUAUAGGUUUGAAUGAGGUUGUGAACUCCAUUGUUGAUGAACAGAAAAUCAUUAAAAUCUGAAAUACAUCCGUUUUUAGACAUCUUCUGAUACUGAAUGGUUGCUUAGAGAAUUAGAAAGGAAAUGAAAUCAGCCAAAUUUGUGCCUAGUGCCUUUCUAUGUCAGUCUUUGGUUUCAAUCUAAAAUCAAACCCCCAGCUCAUAUCACAGGCGUCAUGAAUGAGUAAACUGGCAGGAUUAAUUCCUUGAAUGCACCAAUUGCUUGAAGUGGCAGCUUGAGCCGAAGCUGGGUUGAUAAUAGUGCGCCUCAAGAGUAGAUGAUUACUAGUUAGAUAACUCUGUGUAGAUGCGUACGAAUUGUUAUUAGUACCAAGCACUCGAGUAUACCGGAGUGGUUUUGUUAUAAUUGUGGUCCAGUGCUGGUGCUUGUCCUGACAUCGUUGAUGUAUGAUUGAUCACAGUUUCUUGUAAGAUAACUUUAUGUCAAUGUUAUCAAGAUGCCAACUAACCAGCUAUCUGUGAUUCUGGAAACUGCCUUUUCUCCGUUGUGGAAAGUCAGGGUGUGAUUAGUAAUUGCUCUCCAAAAGCCUGAUAACCUCAAAACAACUUUCAGUAUGGAUUCCUUUAAGCAACCAUCUUCAAAUAUCAUCAAUGCCUAACUGUAGCAUCAAUGAGUAUUACUAUCUAAAAGUAUCUAAUACUGUGGUUUAUGCCUUUUACACUUCCCCAAUCUUAACUUGCCACAUUGAAAUCUUUAUAGCAAAUCACAUGAGUAGGUCGAUAGGGCUUUUGCACAAUUGCCAGGAUAGUAUUAACAAGGUUUGAUCCUCCAAAUGAAGGAAAGGUUCAACAACGACCUUAAAUGCACUGCUUUAUAUCUAUUCACACUGUUGUUUCAAUAUCAUUCAGCUGGUUUUUACUCUUAAACUGCCAGUUAUUUCAUGCCUUCAUGUAAAUGAUAUUUGUCAAUUCUUCAGGAGUAUUCUUUGCAAAAGUGUAAUGAGAACUCUAGUUUUCUGACCACAUUUUGUACUUUGGUUUCGCCGUCUUUUGAUCGUACUCAAAUUUUGCAGUGAUCAAAAUCUGCUCCAUGAUCAAUCUGAUAUAAAUUUUGGUGUAAGUAUGGCCAAUAGCCAUUAAUAAUGAUAAUAUUUCAAACCAUCAUUGUAUUGUAGAGUGAUUUAACUGCAUGCAAUAAUCUGAUCAUGAUUUUAUUUCUGCUGGUUCUAUUGAUUUGUUUUUAUAACAAAAAUAUGUUGUGUGCUUUUGGGGUUCAAAUUCAACUCAUAAUAACGGAUCUAUUUACCAACAUUCAUUGUAUAUUCUCCGUCUUAAUGCAGAGUAUUUCCAUUAAGAAUUGCUGAUUACACAGACCUUUUUCAAUCAAUUGUAGAUCGGAUAUGAUUCUGGUCGGUUGAUAGUCUAUGCUGUGAUCACCGUAUGCAUUGCAACAUUGAUUGACUGUUUUGUGUCCUGGUUUUGAUUCCUUGCAAUAAUGAAGUAUCCAUCACACAUAUUGCACAGCAGUGUUUCCGGUAAUACAACCAUUCAAAUCUCACAUACUCUACUCCAGAGCUUACCUCAAUCUGUAUCUCUCUUUUUUUUCUUAAUGCAAUCUGAAAGGACCAAAACAUAAACAGCUGUCUCCUCAUCAGGUGUGAAUAAUUAUUUGAGAUUUGACAGAUUUAUAAAUGGGCCUCCUCUUUGGCAAUACUAGUUAUAAAAAGGAGUGUCAGGAGAGAAUGAGUGGUUCUUCAUCAACCUAUGUUCACUCUUUCUUGAGGUUCUAACCCAAUUGGCCAUCCAAGAAUUCAAUCUUGAGGUUCAAGCCUGAUUUUUCCUCCGAGAAGUCGAUCUCUCAUGUAGAAACGCAUUCUUAAUCAUCUUAAGUAGGGGAUCUCCCUUGGUAAUGGAUUGUAGUCUUAGGCUGAGGAGCGUGCACAUUUCAGCUUGCAUUUUGAAGAGCAUACACAGUAGAGUUGGAUCUUGUAUAAGUCAUUCAGACCUAAACCUGUUUGCAUCAUGACUUUUAGGAAACGGGAUAAUAAAUCACCCAUUGGUGCAUUAUUUUGUGGGAAAAAUGAUCAAAAUGUGGCUGUGUAAUCCUGGUAUGAAGCUCAUGAAAUAGCCUGCUGAUUGCUCCUUCACUAAAAUAUACUUCAGACUGUUCUGAUUGGGUCUGUUGUAUGGGAUGAGACGAAACCUUGGGCUGAUGUAGAUUGGCUUAGAACCAGGGAUCUCUGUAUCUUUGAGGAGAUAAAGCUUUUCUGAAGAUUCUCUAAUUCCCCAUAUCUCUCUGCGAUGUUAAGCGAUGAUAUCUUGUGUAACAUUUUAAACAGUAUUAACUUGGAUCUGUACUCUCUUGACAUGAAAUAAUCUGGAAAGGAGAUUGGGAACAUCAGUACAAGUAAAGGUAAUGUCUAGAAAUUUGCUUUAUUGCCUGGCUGGUAAAUUACCAUUUCUUGAGAGAAGAGUUGAUUGGUGAUAAUACUGAAAUUGUCCCCUUGCACAGAUUUGUAGCAUCUCCACAUUGUACAAUAAAAUUUGGAGUGGAUGCCUACUAAUCUAAAGUAAAACGUAAUUCUGCUUGUGAUAAGAAUCGGACACGCUGGUCUUCCAUGCUUGAACAUAGCCAUCAUGAAAAUGUGUUAUAACCGUGGUAACAAGCAGAUUCUACAAAAUGCAGGGGUGUGAUGUCAUUUCACUCCUUUAAGGGAAACUGGGAUUCAACAAUUCAUUGAUUCAGUUGGUUACCAAUCUAAGAAGUAUGUCAUGAUUUUGUGCACAUCUUGCUUCAGCUAACAAAGUAUUCCAUCUCAUUUUUUUUCCUAUUUAACCUUGUGCAAUUUUAUGAUACUUUAUCUUGGUAAAGAAAAAAUCAUUAUUUUUGUGUAGAUACACACUGAAAAUUACAAAAAAAUAAAAAGAAAAAAAAAUGGUGCCAGUAUAUUUGCAGGGAUGUUGUCAUGUGCGACACAAAUCAUGACAAAUGCUGUUUGUUUCUUUUUAUUUUCACUUCCUCUAUCCAUAGAAUAUAACACAAUGUGUGCCACAGAAUUUUCUAUUAUUGGACUAAUAUGAAUUAAGUAUAUUUGUUGAAAAGUAGUGUGUAAAUUCCUUCUCUGUUUGAAAAUGAUAAGAUUAAAAAAAAAAAUGCCCAAAACGUCACUAGUAACUAGUGGGGUGACAAUUGAAAUAAGAGAAAUGACUAUCAAUUUUGCUGAGAUUUUUAGUUUUUUUUAUGGUAUUUUCUGUCAAACUAUGCUGACUUUUUGAUGUCUCCAUGCCCCUCCCUCACCAGUGAUCUUUCAGAAAUAUAUUUGCCUUGUUGUAUGUAGCUCUUUUAGAAAUGUUUUCUUUGUUUAAAAUGCAAAAGAUACCAAACAGUAAUUAGCUAAAUUAUUGAACUUUUAAAAAUGAUAGCCCUCUUCUGACCAGUACCAUCUAUUAGUAAUGAUUUAUUUAUCUACCAUAAUGGUGUUGUGUAUCUUAUAUAAAAACAAAAGGAUCAUGCAAUAAGAUAAUAUAUAAAAGAGUGAGAAUGCUGGAAUCUGAGAUUAAUUUUGCUCCACAAAGUCCUGUUUUGUCAGGAUUCAAUUAACUGGCCUUUAAAAUCAGGAAAACUGAUCUGGGUAAUAGGUAGCAAUUGGGCAGUGUUGCUGGGAUUAAACGGAAAGUUGCUCUUCACAGAGCCCUCGUAAUGCUGCAACGGAUUAUAUUUUUCUACCCAACGUCUUCGGUUACCUGGUGGUGUCUGAAGAUUCAGAAACCCCAAGGUUUAACAAAAACUUUCUGUAUCAUUUCUCAUUGAGACUUCAAUGCUCAAAAUUAUUUUCUUUUAAUUAAUUGAGUAACGGGCAGUUGUUUGCCAGUAAUGGCAUUCCACAUGUCUUUUUUGAUAGCUUUCAGCCAAUUCUGCCCGAUUCUUGGGAUAUUUCCAUCACGACAGAUCAGAGAAUGUGGUCCUUAUGACAGUUCGAACUUUUCCUUGCAAUGAAAAUCAAGCUAACAACGAUGUCAAAGAACGUGGGAUAAAGCGAUCUGCAAAUGCCUGCUUGAUUUUUGCAUUGAGUUUUUCACAGAACGGUCAAAAGAGUUACACAUGUGGAAUGUUUGAAUCUGGUUUUAUAACUGCUGUGUUAUAGUUCCCCGAAGAUGUCAGUUCUUUUCAUGUCUUUGAUGAAUGUCUCCCUGAAACUGGGGCUUCUAUCUACAGGGUGAUUUCUUUCUCAUUUCUUUCCAUCCAUCAGUGAAUUGAUAAUGCAAAUGUUUUUUACAGUGAACUAAAUUAUUAUUCUGUUCUUAAACCUACAUGUCUAUGCUGAAGAUGCAGAAGAAUUGGGACAACCCAAGAAUUAUAGGACAUUCAUUCUUUGCACAGAUGUGUAGUGUUGACUUGGGGUGCCCAGGUACAAGGAAAUUAUUAGGGACAAAUUUAAGAUGCCUUUAUUGCCAAUGUUGUAGUAUUAAAACCCACCUCCAUUUGUGGUGUAUAUGUGUAAAUAAAUGUGUGUGUACCAUGUUAACUGAAUAUCUGUGCACAAGAACUCAUUUCUCUUUCAUUAGCGAAAAAAAUCUUAGGGAGCGAAUAUACUGAAAGAUCAAAACAUUCAGAAAAAAAAAGCCUAUAGUACAUAUAAUUUUGUUGUGAAAUGAUGCUGCCAAUACUAUAAAAAUUCAGAAAAUUUGUAUUGAAUACAUUGCAUGCAGUACAGCUUUUGUUUAUGAUUUAUUUUUUUUGUGUAUAUUUUCUUUUAUGAUUCUGCAUUUUUAAGAGAAAAUAUUACCAUGUCGAUUAGCCAGUACCUAUACCAAAGGGUGAUUAACGCCACUUUUCUCAAUUUUGAGAAUAAUGGGAUUUACUUAUAAAGUAAUGAAAUAAAAUUAAGGCAAAAAAAAACUUGAAAAAACAAAAAAAAAUUGAAUAGAUAUAAUGACAAUAUACAUGAUUUGUCUGACAUCUCUGAAAUUAUUCUGCCUUUUUGACUGUAAAUAGUUUAAUAUUAUUGCAUACAUUAGCAUCAUUUUGUUCCAUGAUAAAUGUUUGGAAACCAUCUUGAGAAUAUAAUGCAUUAUAUAUUUUGAGAGAUAUAUAUAUUUGUUUCAACUAUGCCUGUGAACAGAGACGUUUUAUGCUAAAAUUUCCCUUGUUAGUGCAACAUAUUAAAGAUAGAAAAUGAAAAUUGCUCUUUUUCAUAGCUCUUGCAUUUAAAACUACAUUUUAUGGACUUUGUAGAGUAAAAUAAAUAUAAGCUGAUGCAUAUUUCACUUGUGUCCCUUAGUUUGGACCUGUUUAUUGAUUUCAUUUUAUUUUGACUUGUUCUUUGUUUGUGAAAUCAAUCAAUUUCGAAAUGAAGACAACAUUGGCUACCACUGCAGUACUGUCGUCUAAAUUGAACUUGAAAUUUGUGAUAUUUGGUCUCGCAUUCCUCAUUACUGUCACAUUGCAACUCAAAAUGACCGUGAGUCAAUAUGCAAAAAAAAAAAGAAGUUUGAAUGUAUUCUUUGAAAUCCAUCAUUUUGUGUCCGUUUUAAAAAUGUUUUUGUGUUUUUUUUUCUCUAAUCUAUCACAGUGCUUUGUGAUGGCUGGUCACAUACACUUUUGUUCUGUAGGUAUCUGUUUUAAGACUAUUUUUAGUGAAAAGGAGAAUAAUUUGAAAAUAUCCUGUUGUUUUCUCAGGGUAAUAUAUGUGUAAUUUUUUUCUUUCUCUCUUUCUUAUCCGUCUUUGACUCGUAGGUUUGUUAAUUUUUACUCUGUCACAUCUCUGCCAAGUGUUUUAAACAUUUAGAAUCAUUACUAAUGCGCUUAGGAAUCAGUAUUUUUAAUUCUAAAUUCAUGAGCUAUUUUCAUAAGUUUUCAGCUAAAAAAGUAAAUUUCCAAGAUGGUUUGGUAUUUGAGAUAAUUUAAAAUAUACUUUGACAGAAAUCAACUACUUUAUUCUUUUUUAAAGAACAUUUUGCUUUAAAUGAAUGGUAAAAUACAGCAGGGGAGUAAAGUCUAUGGUUAUUAGAGGGUGAAAUAGGGUUUGAAUAUGCCUCUGAUUUGAAUAUAUUUUAUUUCAAUUUGUUGUCUUCGCUAUGAGCACAGUGUGUAAGACAUGCCUCCUGCCAAUAUCCAGAUGUGCUGCCAAGUUUGGCCUUUUUAUCUUCCAACUGUUAACUCUUCUUUUUUUUUCGUGGUCUCAUUUGUAUUGUUGAAGUCAUGAACAGAGUCGUUGAAUAUUGUUUCUCUUCUUCCCCUAUUCCCCUAUCACUUGUUAUGCUUUCAUCGUAUUUUAUCCAGGACUCACUCUAAUCAGUGCUAAUGUCUGUUUUCCAAGGUUCAUUUUUAUGUGCUGUCCAUUCCAUUGUUUCUGGGGGUUAUUUUGCCUUGUGAAUUCAUUUGUUUCAUCCACGUAAAGAGAUAAUCACUAUUGACACCUAUUCUCAUUACCACCAAAAAUGUAGCUGUUCUGUAAAACUAAAAUUGUGCAAAUAAUAUAUGUAGUGUGUUGACUCGUUACUAAAGAAAAAAAAAUUAGCCAGAGGUGAAAUUGAAUGCAAUGGUACUCUUCUUGUGGAUGUUGUUUACAUUUUAUCCCUGAAUUACAAUGGUUAUUAAGACAAGGUGACAACUUUUAGAGUAAGUUAUAUAUAUCUAUAUAUGAAAAAUCUAGUGCGAGAAACAACGAACUGUACACUUCCAUUGCUUGUGUAUAAUAUGUAUGUGUAAUUCAUACUCUACUAGUGCCUAUGUGAUGAAAUGAAGAGAAAUUUACUUGGCAGUCUUCUAAACUCACAUUUUUUGAGCCAUUUAAACAUUAUGACAUUAUGUAACUUGUAUUCAACAGGCAUUCCGUAGUACUAGUCUCUGUGCCCUUAUGCAGAAAAGAUGUGUAAUAGGCAAUUUGUAACUUGUAAAGUACAAAUGAAAAUGUAAAAAAAAAAGAAAAAAUGUAAAAAAGAAAAAAAGACCAAAAAAAAAGAGUAAAUACCGACUUUUGUUUUUUAUGUCGGGUGCAAUUUUGUUCUUGAUGCCAAUGAUAAUGAAUGAAAUAAUAUCUACCUGAUAUGUUAAAUGCCUUAUUCACUUAGUCUUAUACAGUCUAUGUAAGAUUAUAUACUUAUAUUAUACGAAAUGGCUGUUCAAUCUUGUGCGAUUUUAAUUUUGUACUGGUAAGCAAAAAAAGAAAAAAAAAACGAAAAAAAAAGGAAAAGUUCUUGUAUUAUAUACUUUAUAUGAAUGUUUGAUUACAAUUGAAUGUCGUAAAUUGAGAUUUUUUGAAAUGAUGAAAAUAAAAUGUGGAAGGCGUGAUGUGAUCAACCUUACACAGAAUGUGCCCCUUGACGGUACAAAUCAGUUCUAAACGCAAUCAUGAUAAUUUAUGAAGGUAAUUAUCUGGAUAUAGAGUGACAUAAAUACUCUUUGAUUUCAUACUACGGGUGUGUGUCUGUGUUAUGUCCAAGAUUGAAUAUUUGAGAACUUAUCUUCCAUGCUGGAAAAGAAUGUGAUGGAAAAAUUUUCAAAAAAAGAAAAAAAAAAUGAUGAAAAAAUAAUAAUAAAAAAAAAUGUGAGAAAGGGUUAACCAAUGUAUAAGUAUUAUUUCAUUAUCAAGAUGUUGAGUGUGUGUGAAUUUUACGGACACGUAUGAUUGCAUAAAAGUUUUAUUCACUUGUAUCUAAGCCAGGUUGUAAACUAUUGGAAUAUCAAAUAGCACUCCUUUAAAAGCAAGGAUGGUUUCAAACAUUAAAGUAUAGAAUUUUAUGAUGAAAGUGUUUUUUUUUCUUUUGGGUAUUUGUACAAACUUAGUGGUAGCUGUUUAAAGACCUUGUGUGUGUUUUCAAGCCAUUUACCCAUCUUGUACCAAGUAUACAUAUAUUGUACAAUUGUUUUUCAUUCUUCAAAAAUUGAAUAAUAGCAUGUAUUGUGUAUAAAAUCCCUUUUACGACCUACUUAUAACCGGCAAUAUGUAGUUCGUAAGAAACGUUUUGAAAAAUUUAAUUUUUUGAUGUCAUAUACUAUAUUUUGCUUCUCUCAAUUUUUUCACUUGUAUGAUAUUUUUUGAAAGUGUUGCAGUAAAGAUAAUCCGUUCAUUGAUAAUGCAUGUGUAUUGUAUAUGUCAAAGACAAUUAAAAUGAAGUGCAUUUUAGUAUUUUUUCUCCUGUGGCAUUUUUGUGAAGGUCACGCCUGUAUGUGCAGCUCUCUAAUAUUGAAAUGAAAGGAAAUAUUUCUUGUUUUGCUAUGCCUCUGGCGAUCACUGUUUUUGUGAUAUGUAUAUCAAUAAAAUUGCCAAAAAAAAGAAGAAUUCUAAUGCUUAUAAGUUCAAAGUGGUGACACAACAUACAUGUAAAGUGGUACAUUAACUUCUUUAUUUUUAAUAAUUAUUAUAUUAUGUUUGUAUGCAUUCCACAACAAAGAAGGAUCCAUUAGAACUUUAGAUUCCCAAUGUGGGAUUAACUCAUGAACUUAAAUGAAGUAGUAAUUAAAGAAUAAGCUGAUAGUUUUUUCACAUUUUUUUUCUUGUACAGUGAUAUGAAUGUACCGUUAUUACUUGCCCACCCCCAAAAUAAUAUUUAAAAGGGGUUCUUCAAUCUGACGGUGCUAGUCUACACAAUAUGUCAGAAAAUCAAAUGCAAAAAAAAAAGAAAAAAAAGAAAAAAAGUAAAAAAAAAGAGUUGAUUGAUUUUUCAAAGUCUUUCCCUAUAAAAACAAAUAUUUUGCAAACCAUGAUAGAACUUUACUGUAAUGCUUAAAAUGAAAUGUGCAUGUUUGUUUUUGAAUAUGUGUGUAUACUGUAAUUAACCAUAUUUUUGUUUUGGUUGUUUUAGAGCGGGUGGUGGACUGUUUCAAGUUAUCACCCCUCCCAAGGAGAGAGAGUACAGUGUGAAGAUGAUUUAUUUGUAUUAUCAUUAUAGGCCCUUUGUAGUCUUUAUAGUUUUGUGUAGUGACUUAGAUUGAUGUAGCACAAUUUAGCAGGUAUUACAGUCGUUUCAGGUACUAUAUAUAUUAAAUAUAUAUCCAUCUUUCACUCUUGGCAGGCUGCUCGUCAUAUUGUGUAUAUAAAGCAAUUUGACAUGUUUCUUACCAAAUAGAUUUGUUAUGCUUUUUUAAAUCGAUAAAUAAAGCACACUUAGAUAGAGAUACAUAUUGGUAAUUAAGAUAACAAUCUUUUUAAAAAUGGUCAUCAACCAACUGCAAAUGUAAUUGAAUGGGAUUGGAAUCAAAUUAUUUAAUAUAUUCACACUACCAAAUGUUAUUCGGAGAAUAGAAUGAAUGAGACCCCAAGAGUUUUCCCUGAAACCUAUGUUACUGUCCGAUUCUUAAAUAUUAUAGAUUCGCAAAAUUGGGAAAUGUGUUUAAAAAUGUUAAGAUAAGUAUUAAAUUUUCAGGUUAUAAUCAAAUACCAACAUUCACCUCAUUGUGAAGACAAAACUUGUUUUUUAUAAGUUACAGAUGAUAUAAACCUAUUAAUCUAUUUUAUUUGUGUUCAGUUGUUAUCAUUUAUUUUCAACUUGUCAUUAGUAUUAUUGACAUGUUUUUAGUUUUAAUAGAAUUCAUAUGGUCUUACAAGUACAAUAUAAUUUUCAGAUAUGCACUUUAAGUCCUGUGUUGCUACGAGAACAUAUCGAGAAAGAAAAAAAUGUGGAAGAACCUGCCUUGUUAAUGAGAAGCAAUUAGUGUCAAUACUAGUAUGAAAUAUGUCUUUGAAAUUCAUUGUGUGUUGUAAUUGUUGUUGUGAUUGAUUUGAAAAAAAACCCCAAAAGUUUCAACUAAACAAAACAAAACGAAAAAAAAAAUAAAAAAAAUGAUGGUGUGCAAAUGUGUUAUAUGUUUUGAAGGCACAUGCUAUGCAGUUUAGGAAUAGUUUUGUGUAGCUACUGUGCAAUGCACUCAACUUGUAAAGAAACCAUUUUGAUAGUUUAUCUUGAACGGUUUAUAUUCUGUAUGUACUACUUUCACACUUGUAUAUCUUUAUUACUAUUGUAUUUGUGAUAAUCAACAUGAAAAAAUACUGUAAUAAAAGAGGCCUGCUUAGUAAACUAUGCUUCCAAAUUGAAGUAAUUCUAAACCAUCCCAACACUCAAAUAUGUCAAGAAAAAAACAAAAACAAAAAAAUAGAAAGAUUGAAUCUAUAUUUAACGGAAGAAUUUGUAUUUUUGUGUUUUUUCUUUGACAAUGAAAUUUUGAAAUAACUGAAAGAUUGUAUUAGUGUAAAGUGUUUUUUAUGAUAUGAAAUUUUAAUGUUUAAUUUCCUUUUUUUGUGUGUCUAUUAAAUGCAACUUCAGAGAAUAAUUCUGUUUAUAACAAAUGGAAUAACAUGAGGGGGAUAAUGCAAAAGUUUAUUCAUGUAUGAGGAGGAAAACUGAUUUUCAUUGUAAUACUUUAUCAUUAUUUUUUUAAUGCUGCUGUAUUUGAUAGCUUAAUUGUGUAGUAGAAAUAGGCACUGGUUUUGUUGUGUAUUGAUGUUGUUUGGAGUAGCGAGGAUUGAGAAAAGAACCAACUUAAGCAAUGUAUCUGCAGACCGAAAAAUAGAAAUGGAUCGCACUGAACUUGCCAAUACUUACCAAUUGCUGACUUAACAACUUGUAUACAAAGCUUUGUGAUAACCAAAAUCAAAGAAAUAUACUGUAAGGGAAAUUUUACGAAUCUAAAGAGAAACACUUUAUUUAAGUCUUGUCAAAUCUUGCUGUGAAAAAUCAACUUGAUGUGCCUGGUACAAGCAACUAACCUAAAGAUAUUUGUCAACCAUUUUUAAAAUGUCGUCACACAUUUCUGUAAAAGUCACAUUGAUUUUUUUUUCUUCAAAACUUUCUGUUCAAUACUCUUCUUGGCUUAACAUGUUUAUGUGAGUGUACUGGAUGCGAUGAUACAGAUGGGAGAUGUUAUGAAUGAAAGAGUAUUUGAUAAUUAAGAUAAACCCUGCCAGUAUGUUUUCUAAUUCAUGUUAAAUGACUAUAAUUCUUUGAUUGAAGUACUUAAUUAUGGAGUGGUACUGAUUCUUUUGUUUUCUGUAAUGUAUUUAAAACUGUCAUUAUACCCUUUGUGCCUGAUUUAAAAAAAAGGACAAUACUCUGAACAUAGUCACUAAAAACCAUGGACCAUGUCAUCUCAAGCCUUUCAAAAUCGUCUUCAUUCUCUUCUUAUUUUGUGAUGAAUGCUCCCCAACUAUGCUCAUUCAUUCUCGUAGAGAUCUGAGACAUCACAAUCUAGCCUGAUUGGAACAAGAAUGGUUUAUAGAAAUAAGUAUUAUAUUUGCACUUCCUUCUAGCAUAUAUAUAUAUGCCUUUUUUGAUGCAGUACAUGUUUAACAAAAGGAUAAACUGCUUAAUAUUACCUUAAUCUUCAUAAGGAGUAUUCUUUAAAUUCUUUACGUUAUUACUUACAGAUUAUAUGUUACAAUAUACGCCAUUCAUUUUGUUAGUGUCUGACAAUCAAAAUGUGUUUUGGAAAUGUAAUAAUCCACCUUUUGAUAUUUCAUAGAUUCCUUUUAAAUUAACAUAAUUAUCAAAUAUAUAUUUAUACUUUAAUAAUUGUUAAUAAUAUUGGAAUACUUGGAAAUAUACAGGUUACGUUUGUAAGUUUAGUGUACUCCCAAUGUCCCACUUUUAUGUCUUCAGUAAUCAGUACAAAAUAGCAAUGUUGCAAUUUAAACAGUAAUGAUUUUAGAUUAUUUGACUAGAAGAAGUGUUAUCAGUGCUAUAUUUGCAUAAUGCAUACCAUUGCCCAUAUUUUAAUUUUUCAUGUAUAAGCUACGGUUUGUUUCCUCUGUUUCCUCAAAGAAACUGGGACAUUUUUUAGCCUAUGCUUGGUUACUUUCAAGAUUAUACUUUAAAGAAACAACAGAUUUUCAAAGAAAAAAAAACUUUUACCAUAGUAUAAGCUCUCUCAGUACUGGCCAGAAUAUACAAUAUUUCACCAAUUGGUAGUUUCUAUUUAAUUGAAUGUUUGAAAAGGUUUAUUUCCUAAGUUUCAUGAAAAGUAUUUUUUUAAAUAAUACUUUGUGGUACUUGUUUGCCCAUCAUUUUACACCAGAAAAAUACUUAACAAUACCCAAGAAUUAAUACUCUCUAAUCAAGACACUGUGAUUAUAUAUACUGCCCAAAUUAAGCAUCUUAAUCGAUCUUGAAAAAAAAGGUAAAAUAAAGGAAAACUCAUAUUUAGAGGGGAAAACCGCAUUACUGCAUGCUAUUUACUGCAGUUUUUUGGGGGAAAUAUACAAGAUUUGUUAGCUCAGAUAUUGUGAUAAGGAUUUUGAUGUUGAGUAGAAAUUGACAUUAUAUCACAUUAUGAUGUAGUUUGUAAGAACAGUUCGUAAUUAUACUGAUUUCUGAUAUACAGUUUUGGAAAGUAUAUUUCUUAAAAUGACAAUAAUGUGAAGGAGAAUUUUAUCAGUAUAGGAUGGUGAUGGUUGUAAUAUUCCAAUAUUCUUGGCACGUUGGAUGCAAACCAUGUGCUACCCAUUUCGCCUUCUGAUACAUUUCAGGCUGUAGAAAUAAGCUAUAUUUAAAUCAUCGAGUACUUGGCCACAUCUUUCCAACAUUAUUCUCUCUUUAUCAACCCAAAUUGUGCUUCCAUAGUUGGAAAAUUUGAGAUGUAGUUUGUUGUAAUAAAACAGGAAUUGUCAAAGUAGACUAAUGGCUCUUUUUCCCUGCAAAAGUUGAUAGCAAUGUGAAACUUAUGUAUAUUUGCAGUAGGAUUUUGUGUGUGUGUGUUAACAGUGUCAAAGAAAAGGCAGAUGGAAAAGGACAUGAGAAAAGGUUUUUUUUAAAGGAAGUGAAACAGAUUUGGCAAAAUCUAUUUGGAUGUAACAGUAGGAGUGAAUUUCAAUAUGUCAACAAUACGAGACAGUGUAUGUAUAGAUGAAACCUAAUACGCAUAUUUUUUUCUUUUUUGGUGUGUGCUCAAAAUAGACCUUGUUGGAAU